CCUCACGGACAAAUAUCUUUUUUACAAGGCAAGAAUUCGCGUCACCAUUUAGCGUUAGAAUUAUUUUUAAUUUAGACCACUCUAAUGACACCAUAGUCCACAAAUCUACUUUUAUAUGUAGCCAAUAGUGCAACAUAGUUGCCUGUGCAGUUACACGCCUGCAACAUGGCCAGAGAGUUGGGCGCAAGCUCAUCAACGCAGCGAACUGCCCGCCGACGCAGCAAACGACCUCAUCCUCCGAUUUAUGGCGGAAUAGCCAAUUCUUUCAGCGACCGAAACAGCGAUUUUGUAUGCCCUAUUUGUUUUGAUACUAUCGAUGAAGCGUUCAUAACCAAGUGCGGUCAUACGUUUUGUUACCAUUGCAUAAGUCGUAGCUUGACAGAAAGUAACCGCUGCCCCAAGUGCAACUUUGUGAUUGAGAAAGCUGACCAGAUAUUUCCAAACUUCUUGUUGAAUGAGCUUAUUCAAAAGUACAAAGAGAAACAAGCACAAAAGAAAAGCAAGUUGGACAUUACAGCAAUCUCAAUCAGUACGUACUCAGUACAAGAGUUGCAAGAUAUGUUAUCAAGUGACCAAGACUGGAACCUUGCAGAUGUUAAUUACUUAUUGGACAUUUUGAUGCAGAAGAAACAACAGCUUGAAGCAGAUGGCAAGGCUGCACAGCAUGAGCUCCUUAAAGAUUUUCUUCUUCAAGUCAAACGACACAAGCAAGAGCAACUGGACCAGUUGACUCAGGAAAUCAAAUUAAUUGAUGAGGACAUGGUCAAAGUGAAGGAUAUGAUUGAAGAGCAUCAAAGACAGUACUCUGCUCUUUCGCUUCUUAACCUUCCCAUGGUCGACAAGUCUAUCUUCAGUGAAGUGGACCAUGCUGUACCCACCACACCCACUGCAAAGAAUGCCCCAGCAACCCUAGGGAAUGAUACUGUGCCGUCUACUAGCUCUAGUGAAGUGCCAAUCAAAGUAUUGUGCUUUGAUUUCAGCUCUAGUGAAGUGCCAAUUAAAGGAGAAGACACCCCUCAGGACGGUUUUAAUGGCAGUCAGCAUGGAGCCAAGAGACUGUGGUGUAGUACAAGCCAAGCAUCAAGACGGAAAAGAAUACACCAGCACUUUGAUGAUCUUGAAAAGUGUUAUUUUGCCAUGAGGCAGGGGGAAAUCCCUUGCGAUUCAAGUUCAGAUGCACUAGAUGAUUUCACUGAAAGUCUGGCAAAGUUCACCAAGUUCAGUGGAUUCAGGCCCUUGGCCACUCUCAGCUACGCCAGUGAUAUCUAUAAUGGUUCCAGCAUUGUGUCAAGCAUUGAGUUCGACCGUGAUCUGGACUACUUUGCAAUCGCAGGUGUCACCAAGAAAAUCAAGGUUUUUGAGUAUGGAACUGUCAUUAGAGAUGUUGUAGACAUUCAUUACCCAAUCAACGAGAUGGUCUGUAACUCUAAAAUAAGUUCUAUCAGCUGGAGCUCUUACCAUAAGGGUCUGUUAGCCAGUAGUGACUACGAAGGCACUGUCACCUUGUGGGAUGCGUUUACUGGCACUAAGACACGUUCAUUCCAGGAGCACGAAAAGCGCUGCUGGAGUGUAGACUUCAAUCACGUGGAUCCCAAGCUACUAGCAUCGGGAUCAGAUGAUGCUAAAGUGAAAUUGUGGUCGACCAAUAUGGAACACUCAGUGGCUUGCCUUGAGGCGAAGGCAAACGUCUGCUGCGUGAAGUUUAACCCUGAAAGUAGAUACCACCUCUCCUUUGGAUCAGCAGAUCACUGCGUUCAUUACUAUGACCUCCGACACGCGGCCAAGCCUAUCAACGUGUUCAAAGGGCAUCGGAAAGCUGUCUCCUACACCAAGUUCAUCAACUCCACUGAGAUCGUCUCUGCAUCGACAGAUAGUCAAUUAAAGUUAUGGAACAUCAACAAACCCCACUGCUUGCGCACAUUCAAGGGACACAUAAACGAGAAGAACUUUGUAGGCCUGGCGUCCAAUGGCGAUUACGUGGCUUGUGGAAGCGAAAACAACUCAUUGUAUCUAUACUAUAAAGGCCUCUCUAAACAACUACUGACCUUCAAGUUCGACACCGUCAAGAGUGUACUGGAAAAAGAUAAGAAAGAGGACGAUGCAAACGAAUUUGUCAGUGCAGUCUGCUGGAGAACGGGAUCAAAUGUAGUUGUUGCUGCUAAUAGCCAAGGCACAAUCAAGGUCUUGGAGCUUGUAUGAUGCGAAUGCGAAACCCCACCCUGUUCCAAAGAAUGCAUACAACCGCUGACGCUGAGCGCGAAAGGCGGUAACACAAUCCCCAUCACAAGAAAUGAAGGAACGAAGGCGGUCUGGUCAUGCUAUUUCCACAGGGAUCGGGCCAUAUAAGCCACACAGCGAAUAUCUGGGAAAGCUUUUUUUACAGGGAUUGAUUGUUUGAGGCUUGGAUACUGUUGCGUGACUGCCUUGCGUGACGCAGUAGAAGUCUGGUGAUGCAUUUUGUACAUGGAUUGGACAUCUGUUUAUUGGCUUUGCAGAAACGGUCACGCGUGACGAGUUCGCAUGACGUUUCCUUAAUUGCGCGACUGCAUUUGUCACUACCAUCACUUCCGUUUCAUCAAAAAUGACUCUAUGUUCCCAAGAAAGCAGUAUAGCCUUCGCAUGCAAAUCAAGGGAGUAGUUGUAAAAUACUGUUGGAAAUUACUUCUCCUUGACCUAACGAACACAAGGAUCAUGUUAUCAUUAAAGCAAGUUAGCUAUAUUUAGAACAUGGACUUGAAGGGAAUUGGAAUUGCUGAGGCCAGACCUCACUGCAGCCAAUACUAUACACUUUGCGUUACAGAGCUCAGUGGGGCUGCCUAGGUCCUCUGGGGUCAUAAAGGUGUCUUCUGAUAUGGCAACUUAGUCUCUGGGGUUUCUGUGGUUGGCCGUAAGGCAAGAAUUGGGCUGAAAUUGAAUUGGGCUGAAUUGUUUUCGAAAGGUUGUUUGGAUGACAAUAGCUCUCAUAGUGAGAGUGCGCAAUAGUCGAAUAGUGUAUAAUAGAUAGCAAUGCAGAACCUGUUGAUACAAAAUAAACGUUAUUUGAUGCA